AGAUAGCCAGCAGUAGCAGCAUCACCGUCGCCGUCUACUUGUUGGGGGGUGGCGCUCACGCACGCACGCCACGCCACGCCACGCACGCACGCGGCCACCAGGCGGAGAUGCUCUUCUGUUAUUAACGUUAAUAACGUUAUCUCCCGCGUCACUCGCCUCCAGGAACGAGACGGCACCCGCUGCCCGCACCGGCACCAGCGGCACCAGCAGUGACCUCGAGGGACCGCGACCGGCCGGCUCAGGUGCACCGACCGUGAUUGGGACGACGACGACGACGACGGUAGCGACAAAGUUGAAGCCACCAAGUAUGUCGCCAUUGUUAACGAGUAAUGAUGGGAUUCCUCCGCGUUCGGCCCUCUGAGCGAGGUUCGCCUGAGUGAAAUUAUAUCAGAAUGGCUGGAUGACCCCGAAGCAUCACUCUACUCUUUUUCCAUCAACCUACCAACUCUCUGAAAUCGACCUUGUCAUCAAAGUUAUCUCUUACCCACACCGCUCAAAGAAUUAAUGGAGACCAAACUGAGGCAGGAGGAAGAAGCACCGGCAAAAGAAGGCGAGAUGGAGGAAGACCCCGCUUCGGGCCACACGUGCGGCGUGUGCGGCCGCAGUUUCCCACUUCUCAGCUCGCUUUCGCAGCACAUGCGGCGGCACACUCGCGAGAAGCCGUACAAAUGCCCCUACUGCGACCACAGGACGGCGCAGAAAGGAACCCUCAAGGCACACAUCCGAAGCCACAAACUAGGCCUGCUAGGCCUCAGCGACCGGCAGAAGGAAGACGAGAUACCCGACGCUCCUGAAAUGGUAAAAAAGAAAGCGAACAAGAAAAAAGGUAAAGAUUUGGAGGCUGACAGAGUGGACUUUGGGCCAUUUCCCGAGGCGCCGCUGCUCAAAUCGCAUGUGAAGCGUCUCCGUAACGCGCAGGACCACGGCUGUCGCAUCUGCGGCCGCCGUUUCCGCCAGGCGUGGUUCCUGCAGAGCCACAUGCGCAUCCACCGGGUAAAAGCGCAGUUGCGUGGCGGGAAGGGCGACGAGCCGCCCCUUACUGUCAACGGCGUGCCGCAGGACCCCGCCGCGCUCGCCAACGACGAGUGCCUCUACGAGCUCUGUGGUAACUGCGGCCACUUCUUCACGGACUGCAAAAACCUACGCGUACACGAAAGGUUACACAAGCACAGCCAAAACGCACCGCGGGACCUGGAGGCCUCGCAGCUGACCAAGACGCGAUUUUUGGAAAGCCUCAACCUCACGCGGGUGACACCAAAGGAAGCUCAAACGGACCUAGGACGGAGAAUCCCAGAACUGGACCCGUUGUGCAGCUACCAAGCUUGGCAGUUGGCCACAAGGGGGCGACUGGCGGAAGUUGGCGAGAAAUGCCUCGGCUGGGAAGAACGGCUCGCAGACGCCGAGGUGGUGUACAACACGGCCAAAGGAGAAUACGUGCCCGUCAAACCGGAGAAGAAGAGGAAGCCCGUCGACGUGCCUGCCUCCAUUGCCAAGAAGAAGAAGGGCGACACUGGUUCUGUGGGCGGCGACAAAAAGAGUUGCCUGAAAGAUCGCAUCUUGCUGAACGGACUCGGACAAGCCUUUUAUGAGGCGCUGCAGCACAGAUCCAGCAAAGAUACACACAGCAACAGCAGCAGCAAUCAGGAGCAGGAAGAUGAAAAAAAGCCUUUACUGUGCGAGCACUGCGACUUCCACACGUCGGACGCGUCACUCCUCAGCUCUCACGUGCACACGCAACACCGGGACAGCAAACCGAGCACGACUUUGGACAAAGCGGCUGGCCAAAGUGGCUCCACGGCCUCCAGAUACGUGGACUACCUCCGGAAAAGAAGCGCUCUGCUUUGUCAGCCGUAUUGGAACCCCUUUCCCGGCUUGCCCGGUGAAGUGACCGUUAAGACGGAAAAGUCCAGCGAGGCGGGGACGGCGAGCGAUUUUGUGAGUCUUCUCAACUUGUCGGCACUCCCGGACAAUAAAGGACAGGACUCGGUUAAAAAAGAAGGCCUGCUUAGACAUCAGUGUCCGUAUUGUUCCCACGCCACCUGCUACCCUGAAGUUCUGUGGAUCCAUCAGCGGGUGUUGCACAGAGUCGGAAGCGGCAGCUCUGCCGCCCCCAAGUGGGCGCCCUGCUCUAAUGGCGCCCGGGGUCCGAAAACCUCCCGUUGGAGGCGCACGGGACCGCCGCCGUUCCUUGAAGGGAAAGACUGCCCUGCGUUGCCAGCGCCUAAAAGCCAACGCACGCAACCGCCGGCUGCUGGCGACACCAACCCGCCGCCCGUUAAGCAGACGCCCGCCAAGAGUCAAUCGGUUGCCAAGUCCAAGCCCAAAGAUGUGAAAGCUCCAGAUUCACGCCCAAGGGUGAAGUCAGAGCUGAAGCGUACGUCCGAAGGCGCCGGCAAACCCAGCUCGUCCGGUAAGAGUGUCUCCGUUAGAACCGUGGAGGAGGGCAGCUUUCCAAAGGAGGGCCUCGGUUUUAUGUUGAGUCACGGCGCGGCUUCAUCCGACUUGGAUCGACAGCGCCCCCAGAAGCUCCCCUCUCCCAGUCCCAAGGGGGCCGACCUCUGGGCCGCUAUGAGCAUGUGGGGCCACCGCGCCUACUUCGAACCGCUCCUGUACUCUCAAACAAAAAGUAACGCGGCGGUCGCGGACACCCCUGCGGACUUUGACGUGGUGAGCCUUCUGAAGAGCUACAGUCCACACGAACUGGCGGCUCUCUACCAGCACUGGGGCUUUGUGGACCCCAGACUGGAUCCACAGGCAAUGCUGCGACUCAACGGCCAUUUUGCAAAUGAAGUCCAUUCUUCCACUGAAGCUUCCAAACAAGUGACCAGCCGUUCCACUUCCACCUCAGGGUCUCUCCAUAAAGGAACGUGAUGACCAUCAAAAAUACCCAACAUGACAAGAAGACAAUAUAUGCAAAGACAUUCGGUGGACUCAUUGUUUUAUUUCCAUUUGUGUAUGUACACCGGUACAAAAAAAAAAAAAAAAAAAAAAGAAAUGAGCUGAUAAAUAUGAAGUUUGGAAGGUUAACAUGACCCAGAAUAUGUGAUUAAUGAAAUUAAGUUCUCAGUUUUUCUUGUUUUCAUUAAUAAUGCCAUAAAUUGUGCGUAUUUGUAAUGAGUGUUUAUUCCAUUUUUUUUUUUUUUUUUGUUCUCAAAGAACCUCAAGUCAUGAAAUAGUUUUAAGACAUCAGACUUAGAUGCUGGAAUAAAAAAUCGAAUUAAUUAUUUUCAUAGACACUAUUGUAAACAGAUCUGUCACCAUGCGAAGUUCAGGUCCAAAGACGUCGUCUUAUUCACAUUUUUCCUUAUUUUAUGUGCUUGUGUUUCUACUUAAUUAGUGUGUUUCUAUUUGUAGUUUUGUACUGUAUUUUUUAUGUCCCAUAGACAAAAUGUGUUUGUACCAAAAGAAAAAGCCAUCAAAAGUUGUGGGAUAUAAAAGUGACUGAAAUUUUUAUGGAAUAGUUCUAUUUAAUUGUCUGUGUUGAUUCCGAGUGGAAUUGAAACACUCUUUGAGUACUUGAUAUUUGUAGAUGAAAAUGUUCAGAUAGAGAUAAUAAAGACUGUUGUACGUGU